CUGUAGUAAGAGAAAGUAAAAUGAUUCUUUCAGCUGCACUAUUUAAAGUUGAUAAAAGUUUUACCUUUAAAGAUUUACUUUAUCAAGCAAAUAGUUAUUAUGUUUCUGAAGAGAUUGUUAAAGUCUACAUUCAAGUAAAGGAAGAACAAAAUAUAUCACAUAUUCAGUUUACUAUUCAGAAUGAACAAUUAGUGUUCUCUGCAAGCCAAAUUCCUUCAACAUCUAAUGUUUUUAAUAAAAUAAUGAAUGCAGCAACCAGAAAUAGUUUACCAAUUUAA